AUGCAUCUUCGUGAAGUACUCAGCCUUCGCGGCGAUGGCGUCCCGCAGAGAAUUCUAUGCGAUUACGGUCAACUCGAGAGACACCUGCCCGACCGCGACGAUGAACUGGAAUCUGCAGCAACCGAGUCAAGAAAACCCGCACCUGGGGAAAGUCAGAUUCUUGUCGCAGCAGUAGGAAGGAAACUCAUUUCGUGUUCCAUAAAGCCCUUCAAUAGAUCGAACUUACAAUCGUAUAUACGUGGCGUUCGAGUUGCAAAUAUCGUCUGUGUGUUUAGGUUGCUAUGCGGCAAUUGUUCUAGUCUCGUUAAAUAUUCAGAAGCUCUGAAGAGCGUGAAGUCAUUUCUAUACAUGUGGGUCAAGCUGGAGUGCAGAUUGGCAAUGCUUGCUGGGAGUUAUACUGCCUUGAACAUGGAAUCCAGCCAGGUAAAACCUUUGAGCUUCAAAUAUCUAGUGUUUCAAGAUGGAAGAAUGAUCGACUACAAUGAUGGUGAGCAAGACGCAUACAAUACAUUCUUCGCAGAAACCGCAGGAGGAAAGCAUGUUCCUAGGUGUUUGUUGGUAGACCUCGAACCGACCGUUGUGGAUGAGGUGCGUACUGGAACAUACCGAGAGCUUUUCCAUCCCGAACAACUUUUGUCUGGUAAAGAAGACGCUGCAAACUGCUAUGCAAGAGGACGAUACACAAGAGGAAGAGAAAUGAUCGAUGUUGUCAUGGACCGUGUUAGACGUCUAACUGAAAGCUGUCGAGGUUUGCAAGGAUUCCUUGUAUUUCAUUCAUUUGGAGGCGGCACUGGUUCGGGUUUCCUAUCCUUGUUGAUGGAACGAUUAUCCACUGAGUAUGGAAAGAAAUCAAAACUGGAGUUUGCAAUCUAUCCAGCACCUCAGGUUUCAACAUCUAUGGUGGAGCCAUAUAACUCAAUACUUAUGACGCAUACAACGCUUGAACAUUCUGACUGCUCUUUCAUGGCUGAUAAUGAGGCGAUUUAUGACAUUUGUCGAAGAAAUUUGGAUUUAGCAAGGCCAACUUAUACAAAUCUCAAUCGUCUAAUAGCUCAGAUCGUAUCAUCAAUCACAGCGUCUUUGCGCUUUGAUGGCGCUUUGAAUGUGGAUUUGACGGAAUUCCAAACAAAUCUGGUCCCCUAUCCACGGAUACACUUUCCCCUUGUAACCUACGCCCCACUGGUCUCUGCUGAACGCGCCUAUCACGAGCAGAAUACUGUAGCCGAUAUGACAAACACGUGCUUUGAACCGGGAAGUCAGAUGGUGAAGUGUGAUCCGAGGAAAGGAAAGUAUAUGGCUGUUUGCUUGCUCUAUCGUGGAGAUGUCGUGCCGAAGGAUAUAAAUUCUGCAAUCUCAGCCAUCAAAACAAAAAGGACAGUGCAGUUUGUUGAGUGCAACACCUCAGCAAUAGCUGAAGCUUGGGCUCGGCUGGACCACAAAUUUGAUCUCAUGUAUGCUAAGCGAGCUUUUGUGCACUGGUAUGUUGGAGAAGGUAUGGAAGAAGGGGAAUUUUCUGAAGCACGUGAGGACAUGGCUGCUCUGGAAAAAGAUUACGAAGAGAUCGGAGCUGAUGAAUACUAUGAUGACGACGAUACCUAUAUAGCUUCUCGCGGAAGCAGUGCUUAUUGA